AUGGCUUCCGUGCCGACAUUGCCGUCUCGGCAGAGCGCUUCUAAUUUCAGCUACGACACCCAAGCACGCCUACCCUCGGCAUCAACUCACAUCAGACUUCUCGAACUCUACCCAUCCGGGCGCGGAACACACGCCACAUCUGCAUCUUCGUCCGGGGCAGACUCUACAGACGAAGAUGAACCCGGACACGCUGCACACUACUCGAGCCCGCUGAAAUGCACCAUCUCAAUCACCCCGAUCGCUACCCCGCAGCCGUACAAGGCGCUCUCCUACACCUGGGGUCAGCCGGACAAGUCCCACAGCAUUGAAAUCGGGGGUGCGCACCUCGCGAUCACGGCCUCUCUCGACACGGCACUACGGCAUCUUCGUCAAAAAGAUGAGCCCGUUACCCUUUGGGUAGAUCAGAUCUGCAUCAAUCAGGUGGACAUGGGGGAGAAGAACGAACAGGUGCCCCUCAUGACACAGGUAUACAGCAAGGCCGAACUAGUCCUCGUCUGGCUCGGUCCGGCGGCAGACAACUCUGAUGCGCUGAUGGAAUGCUGGAAAGAAAUUGGUCAAGCAGCUCGCGACUUGAACAUUGAGAGCUAUCUUACGAGAGAGCGGCUGCCGCUUCUACCCCCGAUACUAGAGAACCGUAAUCCCGAGGACCCGGUGACAAUACAAUUCCAGAUUCUGCUUGAAAAGGCAGUGCCGAUGUUUAACGCUCUCUUGGAGGCGAUGAUAGCAUGGAACAAUAGGCCUUGGUUCAGCCGCGUUUGGACGAUACAGGAGCAAGCUCUUGGGGUCAACACAUUCUUCUUAUGCGGGUCGAAGAUGGUGAGCCUCGACUUGCUGCCCUUGGCAACGUUGAUAUUCGACAGAUGCAUAAGUAAGCAAGGCACAGAGAACCCGGGUGAUCACGAGCACAUCAAGCUAUUGGCCAAGGCCCAGAACCACCGAUUCGGUUCGUUAAUGGCUGUAAGACGCCGAAGACGCAACUUUGUGAAGGGCGAGGGACCCGGGGAUGACCUGUAUCACGUCCUGAAGAAGGCGUACGUGGACGGAGACGCUCAAGCAACUCUCCCGCGGGAUCGCGUUUACGGUCUGCUCAGCGUCGCCGUGGAUUCAGAACAACUGAAGAUUGUUCCGGAUUAUACUUGUCCAGACUGUCAUCCCACCUUUGUGGAGACUGCCCGCGCUCUUGUUCGUGUCGGCCGCGUCGAGAUGCUCUCGUUCUCACAGUUCCCCAAAGACAUCGACAGGCUGCCAUCCUGGGUCCCAGACUGGAGACCGACACUGACUCGUUCAUACAUAUUCGCGUUCGAAGACGCUGACAAGCUACUCAUACGAGCGGCGGGCGACAGCACGGUCGAGGUCGUGCACACAGACGACCCGUGCGUGCUUGGGAUACGCGGCCUCGUUGUUGACACCAUCGAGGAAACAGGUGACGUGUGGGAGUGGGAAGCGGGAAGCGAGGCUCGCGCCAAACAUCUCCAGACGAUUAAGACCUUCUGUGAGAAGCCAUUGGAAAACGAGCACGAGAUAUACGAGACCAGCGAGAGGCGAACCGAAGCCGUGUGGAGGGUGCCGGUAGGAGAUCUUUACUGGACCAAUGCGGCUUCCUACCAUCGGGUUGUCCUGGCUGACAAGAGCGACUAUGAGGACUGCUUAGCCGUCCUGACGCUGCUCGUCGAAGGUUUCGGGGUCGUCCCGCCAGAGAUGCGACAGCAGCGGCUACAGGAAUUCUAUCAAAUGAUGCCGGGGCAGUCCAACUACAGCGAGAACAUGGACAAGAUGUCGGGCAAGCGCCCAUACGUGACGCGGCAAGGGUACGUGGGCAUGGCCCCAGGCAACUCACGUCCGGGCGACGUGGUCGUGAUACUGUUCGGUUCUCGGAUGCCGUACGUUCUGAGACCGUCCGGAGACGGGACGAGGCACUGUUUCGUCGGCGAGGCGUACUGCGAUAGUGUCAUGGAUGGUGAGAUGUUGACUAAGCGGCAGCGGGAGACCUUUCUGAUUGCUUAA